CAAAAUGGCCGCUUCCUAAAAAGCGUUGCUGAGCGGAAGAUGUGCAUGGUUUCUUAUAUUUUCGGCCGCCCCUUUUAAUUUGACCGCGCCCACCCGGCCGUCGUAUUCACGGGAGCAGCACAUCACAUCUGCACCUUCUCAAACCUCAUCCGUUAUUGUUUUGUGUGCGUGCCUGUGUGCAGAACUUUUAACACCGUCCCCCCAGGCCAUGCCCCCGUUCACGCGAGGAUCACGGCGAGACGUCGUCCUCCGUCAGUCAACGUUGUCGGCGGUACUCGCUGAUGAGGCGUCACCGCCCGUUAACGACAGCUCGCGAAACCUUUGAGAGACGCCGUCUUAGUGUUUGACGCGUCCGCGUAGUCCCUUUCCUUUUUAUAUAUACCGUUUGUGCGUUCCCGAACUUUAUUUUUUCACCAUGGAUCAGACAGAGAAGAACGUUCAGACGUUGUACAGCAUGGGAUUCGUGGACAUCGAAGAGAUCAGGAAUGCGCUUCGCAUCAGCCACAACGACCUGAGCGAGGCCGUGGCCAUCCUGACCAACGAUCAGGUGCGGUACGGACCGUACACAAGCGCCGGCACGUCCGAAGACGUCGAGAUGAAGGACGUCACGUCUACGGCUCUCGUGCCCACCGCAGCCCCGCCUCCCUACAAUUCGCUGCCGGACGCCAAGCCAUGCUCUCCCAAGCCGGACUAUGGAAACUCGGCGUUUCCUCAGACGAACCUUUACGAGCUGGAACAGCGGGUCUUUGUCGACCAAUGGUCCAUCCCAUACAAGAAGGACGAGUCGCUCGCCAAAUGCCUCACUGCAGCUACUAACCUGGCCAAAGAAGGGCAAUGUGAAUCAAACUCUGAUUGUAGGAACUUCAUGGAGUCAUGCAUGCCUGAGUGCUUUCGCAAGCUCUUAACGGCACUUGCAGUCCGUAACUGGGCGCCGGAUGUCCAGGAAGGCGUUUACAACAUGCUCAUGCUACUUAUUGACCUGACUGUGGAACGGCUCAGCUACAACCCCAUCCCGGAGAAGCUUCUCUCCAAUGUGCUCACAAUGGCCUUCGAUCCAGAGGCCGAGUUUCAUAUCAAGAACAAAAGCCGGCAAAGCACUCUUGAGCAAGGGCUCGUGGUCUACGCAAAAUCGAGGGGAUCCCUGGAUCCUUAUGGCUGGCUUCUAGAUGUUAUCAACAAGUUUGGGAGUCGUGGUGGCUUCGACAAAAUAUUGGCCAAAUUUGAAGAAAACCUGACUGCAAAUGAGAUGGCCGCCCUGCUGAAUCCCCUGGCUGUGUGUGCCCAGUUCCUCAACCCCGACACAAUGUGCACUCUUCUUUCACCCUGCAUGAACAAGGCCAUCAGCUACAUCAAGGGACUCACGGAUGACGACCUCAAAAACAAGAACAUUGGUUCGGUGACCGAGCUCCUGAAGGCGGUCAAGAUGCUGUGCGUCUACCUGUGGCCGCAGGAGAUAGCAAGCACGAGCACUCUGUGCCUGGACGUCAUCCUACGCAUGCUCAAGUGCUCGCACUUCAACGCUCGCAUGAAUGGCCUCAAGGAGUUGAUCAAGCUCAUCGACGACUGUUCAGCAACAGGCACUUCAUCAAAGGCAGCCAUUGAUGCUGAGCAGCUGCAGAAUUGGAUGGCAGAGAACAAUGUCCUCUCCAUCACACUGGAAAGCAACAUAGAUCAGGCUCAAUACAUGGACAAGAUUAAGAGUAUAAUUGAGUUCAUCGGGCAGCGACUCUCUCUCGAAGAACUGACAAAGAUUUGGUCCAUGCAGGAUCGGCAGAACUGCCAGGUGGUGGACAACAUUCACGGGAUCAUGGCCGCUGCUUCCACAAAGUUCAGCCAGCAGCAGUUCGACCACCUGAUCGCCCUCAUCGGCAAGGCUUGGAGAGGCAGCAGUGACAUCACUUGGCGACGGCUUCUCACCUUCAUUGGCAAGCUUGGUAAAGAGAGCAACCAAGGAAAGGUCUCCACCAAGCUGUUGGACCUUCUGUGGGAGCUCCUGCACCUGAACUCGCUUCCCAAGCCCCAUGUCGAGCAGUUUGUCGAGGAGUUCUUCAGCAUCCUGUCGGAGAUGGGCAACAGGGACAGCGCAAAGCGGCAGUACGUUGGCCGCUGCGUCGACGACAUCAAAAAGAACAUGUGUGUGAUUCCUGCUCUAAAAAUGUUGCGGCACAUCAGUGGGGCCAAGGGAACUACAGGUAGCAAAGGUCCACCAUACAAGCAAGACAAGUUCAUUUUCAGUGAGCUGAACAGGAGCCAUGACUUUGUCAAGCUUGUCUCGACCAGCCUAUCAACGUGUCACCGGGAGGCAGUAAAGCUGGCCAACGGAAAGUCAGUCCUGCCCCUGGUGCUAGUUGACGGCAUCUACUCCCAUCAGGAGCAUGUGAUGACGCACCUAGACUUUCUCCAGUUCCUCCUGAAGGACGGGUCUCAAUACCUGCCUUGGAAUCGUGCCAAGGAAAUCUGGGACACGCUAGUCACCAAUGCAGAUGCCUGUAGCUCGGAUCGAGAGAUGUGCUUUGAGUGGUUUGAAAAGUGCCUUCCAGACCUGGAGUCAGAAACCCAGUCACUGCUGUUUCAGCACAAGUUGCUCAAAAUGGACCCCUCCCAAGUCAGCUCGAAAGCGUUCUCGUGUUUCAAGACCUACUUUGAGCAUGUAAACAUCCACGAGAGCAAGCUCAAGAAGCGACCAGGUGUCUUGAUAGUGGAGAAGCUGGAGCUGUCGGGGAUUGACUUCCUGUGGCAGAUAUCGCUGGCCGCACCUGAGGAGGAGAUUGCCGAGCUAGCCAUUGACUUCAUUCUCGACCUCUCCUACAAGUUCCUCUCGCCGAGACUCAAAAAGGAUGUUGUGUCGCUUCAUCACCGCUUCAUCAAUGAGUGCUACAACAGGUUGAAGGCAGUGGCUGAAACCAUCGGAGACACAGCCAUGACGACUGCCGUGUCCAACGCCACCAAGACAUUGACCGCAAUGGCGGUGUCAGAAGCGAUCUCCCUGUCGCUGCCAAAACGGACAAACCGGUCGCAAAACAUCUGCCGUCUGCUGCAUCUGGCCGAGCGGUACAUCUCGUCCAUCGAGGGCCAGCAUUCGGUGCCAAGGGUCAUUCUGCCCCACGGUGCCUCUUUCUACGGUUUUCCCGUCACCCUGUGCAUCGUCAGCGACACCAUCAAGGACAGUGUCAAGAUACGGUGCCACAGCAAUGCAACGGUGGGCUCCAUGAAGGAGAAGGUGGCUCGACUGUUCAAGCAGAUUCCCAGCAACCUGCAGAUCUCCAUGGAUGACAUUGCGCUUCCAAGUACUGAGGACCAGAAGAGGCUGUCGCAGUACAAACUCAAGGACAACCAGACGAUCCACGUAAAGGUCGUUGGUAGUGGACUGGUCUUGCCAUCCGAAAUAGAGGAUGACACAGUUGUUCCACCAGCGACAACUCAAGUGUCUACGGUGGCAGCUGCAACUGCCUCUCCCUCGGCCGGCCAGCAGCCAUCGUUUUAUCUGGAACAAGAAAAGCAGCUUCCGGGGGUGGUCAUCUCAAGCGGCGGCAAUGUGUUCGAGAUGCUGUAUCAGUUGGCAAGCAUGGACGAUCCAAGAAUCGCCGAACAGGUUCAGACACUGCUGCACCUGAUUCCUCCUGACCCUGCAGUGAUUGAUUCGCUUGACCAAAUGUGCAUGAAGUCAUCUGCAGCUGUGGCACCCCCACCACCUCCCAGGCUGUCAGGCAGCCCCAAGAAGAGUGGCUCUCCGGCACCGAGAGAGAAGACACCGGUCGAAGGAUCGGACGUCAUGCUCCGCAGGCUGCUGGACCCAAAUGGGAGGAACCCGUUCCGCCUGCUGUACAACUUGCAGGUGCUGAGUGCGCGGCUGAUGCCAACCAACCAGGAUGCUUGCUCCAACGUGUUCUGCGAGAACUUUCUCCAGGCGGGUGGGCUCUCCCACGUGCUUCGUGUGCUGCACAGGGACGGCCUCCCCCAAGAUGUGGACUAUGCUGUGCGCCAGGGCAUCUACUUCACUGCGCUGCAAAUAACUAGGUUCCUCAUUUGUGGUCAGAAUGUCCCACAUGCGCUGCAGAGUUCAUCCACGUCAUCUGUGUCGACGACCUGUGGUGCACCGUCACCAGUGAAGCCCACUACACCAAAAAAGCUGCAGGUGGACCUGGUCCGAAUGACUCCCAUUUCGAUGGUGACACCCAUCAUCAAGACGAUGAGCCGUGCCUUGCUAGAGGAAGUUGUGGACUCCCUGGUGCGGGUGGCAUGGGCAGCUGCAGCUGGUCAGCUCCGCCUGGCCAACUCACCACUACCCACUCGAGAGGGCACCCACUUUGCGGUCACGACAGCAGGACGGCGCAGCCGCCAGAGCAGCACAGGCAGCGCCACCAGCAGUAGCAGUGAUGGAGAGAACUCGCUCGGUCUUCACGGUGGCAUCUGUGUGAGCCAGGACACGGUGGAUCGCAAGGAUGCACUUCUGGCGCAAGAGGCCCUCAGCUUCCUGUUCUCCUGCCUGGAGCUCAGGGAGGACGUUUCAGCCUGGUUCUGCGAGCUGCCCUGUGUGCGUGACUUUGUGCUGGACGUGCUCCUGGGCUGCGGCAGCGAGGAAGUGCGGUGCGCGGCGCGCGAUGGUCUGCACCGGCUGAGCCGCACGGUUGGCCAGACGCCCAUGCGGCCGUUCCUGCUGCAGCUGCUGCUCAAAGCACACCUGCCGCUGUGGGUGCCGUCAAGCUACACCCGAGGCUCCAACCAGAGGUUACUUGGGCAGUGCGUCGAGUACUUUGACCUUGCCUGCCGCCUCUUGGCCGACUCCAAAGGUGACGCGCCCGUGGACAUCGCACAGAUGCUCGAAGACGAGAUCGCCUGGCUGCACAGUUUCUCGCCGUCCGACAGCCCGCACGACCGCAACAUGGACGCCACGCUUAUGACGGGCCACUUCCACCUCGUCCGCACGCUGGUCGCCUGCAACGGCGACGAGCACAAGUCCGAUGUCGGCAAGAGCCUCGUGCUCACCCUUCUCGAGUCGUACUUGUUCCCGGCCUCGAGCCUCAUCGAGAAGAGUGCCAAGGACGACACACCAGAGCCCUCCAUCAAGUCCAAGUGUGCGGUGGCUGAGCCGCGCACCGCCGCCUUCAGUGUGCUCGUUGAACUCGCCCGAUGCUGCUCUACCAACCUGGAGAGGAUCGUCCAGUGGCUCGUGGACAAGCACCACCGGCUCAAGUCGGAGCUGGUCAAGGAGUUCGAGUACGAGCCGCUGAUAGCAGGCCGUGCCGAGAGCGGCUACGUGGGUCUCAAGAAUGCCGGCGCCACCUGCUACAUGAACUCUGUGCUGCAGCAGCUGUUUAUGCAACCAGGGCUUCAGGAGGCCGUGCUUGCCAUCGAUUCAGACAAAGUUGAGGAAGAAAGCCUGCUGUUCCAGACGCAGUCGGUGUUUGGCCACCUGCUCGAGUCCCAGAUGGAGUACCACGUGCCGGAGCAGUUUUGGCAGUGCUUCCGGCUGUGGGGCGCGCCGGUCAACGUGCGGGAGCAGCAGGACGCCUUCGAGUUCUUCAACCACCUGCUGGACCAGGUGGACGAGUACCUCCUCAAGAUUGGCUGCGACCCCGUGUUCAAGCCUUUCUACGAGGGAACCUUCUCUGACCAGAAGAUAUGCCAGGGGUGCCCCCACAGGUACGAACGUGAGGAGACCUUCCUGGCCCUCAAUUUGCCGGUGAAGAGCCAGAGCCUAAAGGAGUCCCUGGACCAGUUUGUCAAGGGCGAGCUCCUCGAGGGGGACAACGCCUACCUGUGCGAGAAGUGCGGCCAGAAGCGCAACACGGUCAAGCGGACGUGCAUCAAGCGAUUGCCCCAGGUGCUGGUCAUCCAACUGAAACGGUUCGGCUUCGAUUGGGAGGCUAACCGGGCUGUCAAGUUUGACUACCACUUCAAGUUCCCGUGGUCCCUGGACAUGUCCCCGUACACUCUCCACGGGGUCAUGGAGCAGGAAGGCCGCUCGGCAGGUGGAGGUGACCCCCUGGACGAAGUGUUCAGGCGGCCCCCGCCAGCAGUGUACGACCUGGCCGGGGUCGUGGUGCACAACGGGCAGGCCAGUGCUGGUCACUACUACUCGUACAUCCGGGAGCGCAGGAGUGACCCAAGGUAUGUGGCUCGCAAGAACACCUGGUACAAGUUCAACGACACGACAGUGGAACAGUUUGACCUGAACGACUCGACCCUCGAGACUGAGUGCUUUGGCGGCACAUACAAGGCCAAGGUUUCGGACUCGGCCUCUUGUUAUCCUGAGACACGGCAGCGCCACUGGAACGCCUACUUGCUCUUCUAUGAAAAGCAAGAGGACUCCCGAACGCCUCGCACACCCCACAAAACGCCCGGCCGAUUCUCGUUUCGCAGGGACCCCAAGGACACGACUCCAGUCAAGUCAGCAGUACGUCGCACGCCCAGUGCGUCGUCGGCGGCUGGCACAGCCCGUCAGCGCGGAGACAGCCUGAGUCAGCUGACCCGGCUGGUGGACCACGGGGAGCGACAGGGCUGGUUCCCGUCUCACAUGCCCCCGCACAUCGGGCAGCAGGUGCGCGAGCAGAACCUCCUGUUUGCCCGCAACCGGGACGUCUACAACACGCACUACUUCGACUUCGUGGCUGCCCUCACCUCCAUUAACCUGGACAACAUGCGUCACCCAGACUAUGAGCAGCUCAUGGUGCAAAGCCUCAACCUGGCAGUGAACUUCUUCCUCAACACCUACCUCAAGUACAAGAAGAAGGACAGCUCUGUGGUUGGCGAGUGGGUCAAGUGCAUCGAGACCAUCAUGUCGCUGAGCGAGGCUGCUGCAUCGUGGCUCCUCAAGUACAUUGCCAAUGCUGGUCAAAGUGUAGUCAAGCUGUACCUUCUGGAGUGCCUCAACAAAGAAGUCAGGCACACAUUUGCCCAGAUCCUGGAGAAGGCAUUGGUCUUUUGCCACAAGCUUGAAGGGAGUUGUCUUGACCUGGACAUUGUGGGCGCCUGCCUGAUCAACCUGCUGGACCAGGAUGUGGCCGACAACUGCUGGCACUCAUCACAGUACUUUGGCCUCCUAAGCAACUAUGCACAACUUGGUUCCAAGGCAUGCCAGCACCUGUUCAAGCUGGGGGCCUUUGAGAAGCUGAUGGCAUUUCUUCUUGGACCUCUUGGGGCCAACAUGGAUUCAGAGGAGUCCUUCACUCGACGCUGGAGCCACACGCAGAUCCACGAGUUUGGCUACCUGCACAGCACACUGAUCCACCUGAUCCUUGCCUGUGACCUGACCUGCCUUCACACCUGCGAGCCUUCGGAGGCAUACCCACAACCAUCAGAUCUUCUCCCAAUGCCAGAGGCCGUGUGCAAAGCACUGUCUGGACCAGGUGCAUGCCGGUACCUGCGAGAGGUUGUGUCCGCCUGCCGGGAGACCACAGGCUUCAUGGACACCCUCGUGCAAAUGGUCGUACAGUGCAGCUUCUGUAACGAGUCUUUUUCCAACCUGGUCAUUCGGCUCAUCAUGACUCAGUAUUCCUUGGUUCCAUCAAAUGAACUCAAGAACCUUUCGCAGCUUCUGCUGGAAUUGAUGAAAUUAGACGACCCUCUGCAGUACAGCAGGAUCAAGCUGGUCAUUGAUGGCUCCCGGGAAGAUAAGGCCGAGUUUGACGGGCUGCUAGAAAUCAUCAAGUCCAACCACAACAAUGACAGCAGGCGAUCAUACCAGGGUGUGAAGUUCCUGGUCACCAUGGCCCAUAGGUGUACACAUGCCAAGGACUACCUGCUACAGGCUCCGCCCACAUGGCAGUGGUCCGUGAACUGGCUGAAGCAGACUAUGUCCGAGUUCAACACUCAGUGGAGCAGCAACACCUCCAAUGAAGAUUCCAACACCAAGACCUUCCAGCGGACCAUCAGCGCCCAGGACACCCUUGCAGAGGCGACAGCGCUACUGACCGAGCUGUCCUCGCCUGAGGCAGCCGAACUCGGCAUGGAGAUGGACCAGGAUGAGGCCGAGGAUGAGGACUCGCGAUUGAAGAGGACAAGGGGCUUGGAAGACGUGUUCAACUAUGUCGAAGUGAAGCCAGAGUGAAACCGCGUGCAGCCCUGGUUCCAUACUAGUGCAGCACCAUCAAGAAGCCCCAUGCCUUCUGUCUGAAAAAGGGAAUCGGUUCUCCGUGCCGCGCCAUCCAGCCUACCUAACCGGGCAGCACAGUGGUGGCAACAUUCCCUCAGGCCACUGCAAGUAUUAUGUUGUGUUGCCCUGCGCGAGGACUAGCCGUCACCAGUUACUGUGAGCGGUCCACAAGAGUGGCGCACAACCGAGUUUUGCAAGUUGUGCAUGUGACUUGUGCACUUGUGUCGAGCAUAUCAAGUAGGGCAAUCUUAUGCCUGGUUCGUGCCGGCCAGUCAGCCCGCGAAGUUGUCUUCCCACACAUCUUCAGAGGCCGCAGUAGUCGCACUGCAGCAGGUUCCUGCAGUGACUCGAGCAUCCUGUGCGGUACGAGCCACACCCGUGUGGAACUGCACGUUUGUGGGCUGCCCAAAUCAAGCUGCGUGUGCGUUGUCCGUCGGUUUGUUACAUGAUUGUAAAAAUGUGCACGGUGCUGUUGUUCAAUAAUGCCUUUUUUUUUUGCCAUUUCACAUUGCCAUUUACGAGAUAUAGUGCCAGCCUUGGUUCAGCUGCAGUGGUUCUCCAAGUAAUGCCCUAAUCAGGAGAAUCGCUGUCCGUUGUAUGACCAGUAUGCCCCAACAUUGGGUUACAUCGGUCAGGCCUUCUGGCCUGACCGAUGUUGCUAGAGGCAUGAUUGUUUAUUGAUGCGUGUCUUACACGAUGGCAAGGGCGAGUUGCGCUGAGCCAUCAGUGAGUCAUGUUACCAGCUUUGGCUCACCAGUAAUAAUGCUGUAAUCAAGAACAGUGCGGGCCAAUGGUUGCCCUUUGAUAGCCAGUGUGCCGCAACAUUGGACACAUGUUGGCCAUGCUUUUUAUGUGUGUAUGCUGCUAGAGGAAUGAUUGUUAGUUGGCAUGUGUGUUGCGUGAUGACAGGGCCAAUUUGCUCUGUGUGGAGAGGCACAGAUGCCUGAAAAUGAGACUGAAAACCUGAAGAAAAAGAUUUGGGAAUUGGGGCUCAAAUAUUGCAGAUAUAAAAAUUAGAUACUGUUCUUUCUCUUCUUUUCUUAGAUUUGAACUCUGUAUAAACAAACUUGUUUGUAUAGCAUGCAAAUGGAUGUUAGAUAGCAUGCAAAUAUACCAAUAACAUGUGUUGCAAAUAUACAGGUUACUUUUGUUUUAUAAGUGCAUGUUGACUUCUUAAAUCUUAAUAUAAGCCACAGUGUUCCCUGCCUCAGCAUUCCCACUUUCUUCAUUUUAACACGGUCAACUCGCAAUAAUUCAAGCUGGGAUGAUUCAGAAUUUGUGAAAAAAUUCAAACAUUUGUAGAAAUUUAAUUUGACUCGCUGGAUUUUCAGUGCACCUUAAAGGCUUCCCAGUUUAACCAAUCAGACUUCUGGCUUCCCAUGACAAACCAUUGCAGAAGUAAUCUUCAUAAGAUAAUAAAAUUGCUUAGCUUCAAUUAGAAACUUAAUAGCUUCGUGUAUUGACAUUGUUGUCAAAAACUAACAACUGUUGCUCUAAUCCCUGCAAAUAAGCAAACUCCCUUUUGUAUUUGCAAAUACCAAAUUUUUAUAUGUGACUUUACUUAAAAAGAACAUCAAAAUUUCAUCUAUGCAAGCAUCCCUUCAUACAUGAAGCCAUAGUCUUUAUCUUGUACCACCAAUAAUUCAAACUACCAAUGAAAGCAGCAGGAACGUAUCAUGUGAGUGGGCUUGAAUUAGCCUGAGUUGGCUGUUGUGAUUAAUGAGUAUUUAGGGAGGAGGAGAGGGCAGUGACGAUGGAUGAUAAAUGCACCAACGCAUUUGUUUUAUUUAAGGAUUCCAACAGCUCGCGGAGACCCUGUUCUGAAGUGCAAACAUUGUUUAGUGAUUCUGACUUUUUUUGUUCAUAGCCAGGUUGAUUGUUGAUGAGCCAAUUGAUGUGUAUGUUGGUCCAUGUGCAUGAAGCUAUGAGUGGCGUACCAGGAGGCUUAACUCCAUGGUGCAAGAGCAGCUGCUUGACAAGUACAGGGAAAGCGUGCACAUCACUUCGUCAUGGAGCGUUCACUCGUUACUACGGAGCACACACAUUCCCCCGAAGUUCCUGUUUAUAACUGUAGUUCUUUGUUGUCGCCAUUUUUCCGGCUCUCUUUUUUGAGAGCCCUGCCCCACCUUAAAACAUUUUUCUUUCUCCUCUAUAGUAUGGCCGUGGUCCGUGCUGUUGCAGUCUAAGAAACCAAUUCUUUAUGUUCACUGUCCCUUGGCUUGCAUGGACUUUUGGCCAUUUAGUCAAACAUGCAUGUACAUUUUGUAAACCUGUAUGAAGCGGGGACGCUUUUUGUUCGCGAGAGUUAAUCGUCCUGGCCUAUGUGCUGAAAUUGGAAAGGGACGCAAAUCCAGCACAUUGCCUCCAAGAUUCUCGGUGCGUUGCUGAUGUUGCUUAAUCUUGGAGGCUGUGCAUGCUGAGGAGCCAUGAUGGCUCUCGACAUUCUAGGUUCUGCAUCGUUCCCAGCAAAUAAGAAUAGAGGCGCUUCUUUUCCCUUCUUUUUAUGUCAAGGACGUCUAUUUUUGAGAGCGUCUGUAAUGCAUCCACUGGUAUUUCGAGCAUAAAAUUUUGCGUGGAGGCUGCUAUAUGUCUACACCAUUGGAAACUAGGCUUUUUACACAGCCCAGAAUUUCUUUGCAGUUGAACUAUAAGUGCAGGAAUACUACUUAGCAGGUGCCAGCAUGAUCUGGUUUGAACGCUUCCUUCUACAGUGGCGGUUCAAAUACCGAUUAGGUGAUGUCCUUGACAUUAAGCUGCUCUGUACGCAAGUGUUAAAGAGGGCCCCAAAGUAUCCUUUCCUGACUGUUUUUUUGUUCCUGGUGCCUUUCCCUCUUCUGUUGUCAUAACAAGCAUGCUAAAUGGAAGUGAUAUGAAUGUGACAUCUCAAUAUCCUCAGAGAGCCACCGACGACUGUGGUGCGAUUUUACCUUCCCUUUCGUCCAUCUGCUUUUAGAUGCUUUGGGUAGAAAGUGUCCGUUGUUGCCUUCUGUCUUCAGCGAUGCAACAGGAGGCCCUUCAGACACCACAAUGUCAACAAGAGAUUACAAAAAUGAGACCAAGACUGGGCAACACAAGAAGCAUGCAGAGGUCACUGGAAUAACACUGAUGCUAAUGCUGCACAGGGCUCAUUCUCAUAAACAUGCUGUGCGUAUGUAAAUAGACGGGGCCUAGUGCAGACGAAUGCGUUGACACUUUCUUGUUUUUCGCUGUUCUCUACCUUGAACAACAGUCUGAAGAAACUUCGCGGAAAACUCGGCCGUUUCCAUUAAUCUUGCCUUCUGAGAAAAAGUGAUGCCAGUAGAGUGCGUGGUGAUUUUUUUGCCAGUAGUGAAUGUAAUGGCGGGGCUGCCGCAUCUUUGUGAUUUCGUCCUCUGAAGUUUGUCUGUAGUAACACUGUGUUCCAUCUAGCUAUUAUGUGCAUACAGAAAUUAUUUCCUAUGCAUUACAGUGGGUGCUAUCAAGAGUGCCUGCAUUGUCGCUUUCCUGAUGGUGCAUUUUGUUGUCCGUUCAUUCAUGACGUCCCGACUUAAUUCUGGAGGUAGCGCACUUCGUGUCUCGUUCAACUGGUGCAGCAUGGUGGCAUUUAUGUGCUGCCACCAGUGUCGCGAGGUGCAGGCUCCAUGCAAAACAAACCUGCAGUGCUGUAGAGCUUGGUGCUAUCAUUGCCUGGUGCUGAAAUUAUUAAGCCACCGUAGCAGUUGCUAGUAGUAUGUGAAUUUCUUUGCGACUUUGCGUGGAUUUGUUGAGAACACAGAUUACACCUUCAUCCCUUGUUCACUUCUGUUGUAUUCUAGCCUGACAUUGCCUUUUUGAGCUGUCAAGUGUUCUAUAUUCGAAACUGGUCAGUUUGUGCAACUUCAAGCGCCUAAUUAAGUCAUCAACAUUCUGAGCACGUACUAGCCACUGUGAUCACCAUUUUCUUUUUCUGAACAGUUAUCGUUACCACUAUGAUUAGUAUUCUUUUUUUCUGAACAGUUAUUUUUGUAAUGUCCUGAAAUUCAUCUAAUCAUAAAAAUUAAGUGUCUUAAUGAGACAAAUUUUGCCAAGCAACAAGCUUACUGUGAAAUAUGAGCCUCAAGAACGUUGCUAUAACAAUCCAUAAGGAGCGAAGUUUAAGCAAAUCUAUAUAUUUCUCAUCAUUCUUACGCUGGCUGAGCAGCUAUACUGCAUUGUACUGCGUCGGGCAGUGCAUUCCAACUGUAGAGCCAGAUAGGAUUCUAAGUGUGAAGUACUGUGCACAGCAGCCCCUGCACGCUGUGUGUGAGGUGGCAGAGGCCUUGUGCUGCAAGUUCUGUACGAGUACCAUUGAACUCCUGUGGACUAGUUAUCGAAGCGAGUCAAAUUGAAUGUGUAGUAGUCUUAACGUGCGUACCUGAUUAACGCAUUUUGUAGUACUAUAAAGCGAAAAGAGGCUCAACGACCAUAGCGACAGUAGAUCAAGGUUGUGGUUCAUGUCCAAAGACAGCAUUUGUGCAGUGCCAUGUUUAUUAUGCAAUGGGGACGAGAAGGAUGCAUUUGUUUGGUGAAGGUGAUAAUCAUUUUGCUGAGAAGCCAUUUUGAAUACAGAUGACCACCAUCACCACAUUGUGCCCCAUGGCAAGAUUGCCCAUGUUUGUGGGCUUUUUUAUACAUGUGAUUGUGUGUCUCAGUGCUGCGACAGGAUGCCUGCAUUUCGCUGGGUUUUCCAAACAUUCGUGGCUUAGCGCAGUGUAAGCAUCACUUCAACUUUAAACACUAAAUAAAGGUUUUUUAGAUUAAAUUUUGGAAGAGGUAAUUUAAUGCGCUCACGCUUUUAUUGAAGACCUAGAAGUUUUUUUUUUUUACAUCCAGAGUAUUGGACCACUGCAUAAGAGCCUGUCUUCACAGCCUAGAAUCGUGAGAAUUUUCGCGUUCCUUGCCUGUCAUUUUCCAUUGGCCUUGCUUCCACCAAAAUAAAAACACUGUGAUUAGUUGCUGGCUUGACAUUAUGGGUGGGUGCUUGUGUAUGAAUGUCACACAUACCAAGGUAUUAAAUGUGUAAUUCGUGCUUGACACAAUCCGGACAGCCACGCUAUAUCUUCACAAUAGAAAGUCAUCUGGCUACACUUGGCUUGUUUAGAAGUGUCCUGGAUUGAGUGCGUUAAUGGUGGUGUGGCUUGAUACCAAGUAUCGUCUCCUGCUUACAUGUGCAGAAAAGUCGUGUGUGUUGUGGAAAGUACCGAUCAGUAUGCUGUGAAGGAAGUUACUAUGCAGCAGCUUCAAAGUUCGUUUCCCUACCAUGUGUUGGCUCUGUUGCUCCCCGCAUUUCAUUCUUUGCUGCAGCUUUCAGUCCAAAGAUGUGUCACACACCGUAUUGUGCAGUGCUUUUCAUAAAUUGCAUGCUCUUGUCACUUUUCUACGUCAAGUGCGUUAAUGUGGGUCAAAAUGUGAUGUGUGCCACACGUCUUUGCAAGCUAUCGAUUGCAUCAUCUACAAGGACACUAGGAUUCCAAGUGUUCCUAUCUUCAGGCUGCCCAGCACAACUUGGCACGGGGCACUCUUAUUACGACAAGAAACUUAUAAAGGCCUGAGAAGGGUUCACUAGUUUGCUCGAGAAAGAACUUGAAUUUAGAGUUUUGCGCAUUCAACGAGAUAGUGAACAGUGUCUUUGUUACAUGACACCGUCGGUGUUUGUGUUCGACAUCGCAUGACUGUGCUGCUGCUGUGCACCGUUGAACACCUUGCAAUUAUGCAACGUUUUUUUAGCAGCUCAUACUACCCGACAUCGAUUAUCAUGUAACCUGGAGUGCCAAAUGUGCCUUGUUGUUCCAGCUUCACUUACUGUACAGCUCUUUCUCACAAUCUUUUUUUUUUCUUGCCUCGCAAAAGAUGGAAAGUGCUUUACAUGUGUCUGUUGUCCUCCCAUUGAAAUGAGAUUUGCCUAUUUGAUCAAGAGCAUGUCUGGAUUUUUCGAGAAGUGAGUGCGUUUGUUUACGUAGACUGGUAGUGUUCUCGCUUAUCUAGUGCUUUCUUUUGUCAAGUUAGUUGUUUUGAUAUUGGCUGGUUUAGCAGCUCGUGGUCUCUUGAGAUUUUCCAGAGUUUCAGAUUGUGCAGUCUUGCCUCUUUCUUUUCCAGAAACAGGAUGUGAAAGUGGUAAUGACGCUCAAAUGAAUAAAUGAUGUACAUACAUUGGCA